AUGGCUCCAAACGCGGCAACCAGUACCGUUCUUCUGGAACUGCUCGACCGGCACCUUGAGAACAACCCACACGAGCACGCAGAGAUAACCAUCGGCGGAGCCAAGCACGAAAUCGUCAGCUCAACACUUGAUUUCCUCGUCAAGGACACUGCAUCGACACUCCUGGCGGCCAGGGUCAUCCUCACCGUCUGCGACAUCUCCGGCGCCAAUGGGGCGACAGACCCGCAGACCACUGAGCUGGCAGCACACAUCACCACCAGGACCGGCCUGGACCGCACCUCAUCCUCGUCCAGCCUGGCCAUCCUCGGCGAGAAACCACAAGCCCAAGGCGGACCGUCACCGGCAGCACCACCACCCCACCGCGCAUCCACGAUCCCCGCGCACCCGCCCACGGCCAGCGACACCACGACCACCAGACGCGCCCUCGCGGAGACCUACAGGGAGUACGUCCGAACCUUCAUGGCCGACCCGGCCACGGCAACCGCCCGCCUCCCGCACUUCCUGCACCAGCCCGUAACACACAACACACACCCCCUCACCGUCCUAGAGUACCACAACCUCGGCCAGGCCGUGCGCGACGCCAUCCCGGACCUGGGCUGUGAGAUCGUGGACCUGGUCGCCGACGGGGCGAGGCAGGUCGUCGCGGCGCGGCUCGAGUUCGCGGGCACGCUGGUGAGGCCCUUUGCGGGGGCGCAGCCGCCGGCGGAGGGCGGCGGGCGGUUCGUGAGGAUCGGGGAGGUUGUGUUCUACUGGUUUGAUGGGGGGAGGAUUCGCGAGGUUGUUAGUCUGGUGGACAUGGGGGGGCUUGGGGCCGAGUCGUGA